UGGCUCCCAGAGCGGCCGGGGCGGGCGCGGCGGGAGCCCCCAGCGCAGCGCGGAGCAGAGCGCGGAGAACCCGCCGAGCCCACCUGCCCUCGGGAGUCAGCACCGCCCGGCUCCGCACUUUCCCCCCCCCCCAAACUGAGCUCUUGAUACAUACAUAGAUAUAUAUUUUUAGCCCUCCCUCCCGGUUUUUCCUCCAGGACUUUUCCACCGCCUUGGGACACCCGCAAACUUCACCCUCGACCCCCCCCCCCCCCUUUCCCUCCCGCCCCUCCUUUGCUGGUGGUUUUGUGCUUGUUUUGCCUUUGUGUUUUUUUUUUGUUGUUGUUGUUUUGUUUUGUUUGGAAGACCCGCCUGCCUUUCGCCUCCCGUGCCCCACCGGAGAGGCCGGGAGCGGCUCCGGCAGGGCGGGCAGCACCUCCCCGGCUCACCGCGUGCGAGCCCGGCCCGGCUCGGCGCGGCACGGCCCGGUUCGGCGCGGCCCGGUUCGGCACGGCACGGCACGGCUCGGGCGUUCGCCCCCGAUAAUGCAGAGCUACAAGUACGAUAAGGCGAUCCCGCCGGAGAGCAAGAAUGGGGGCAGCCCGGCGCUGAACAACAACCCGGCCAAGAGCAGCAGCAAGAAAGCCCUGCUCAUCUGCCUCGACUGCCUCUGCCUCGUCAUGGCUGGGUUGCCUUUCCUCAUCAUUGAAACGAGCACAAUCCAGCCCUACCAGCGGGGCUUCUACUGCGACGACGACAGCAUCAGGUACCCGCUGAAGACGAUGGAGACGAUCAACGACGCAGUGCUGUGUGCUGCGGGCAUCCUCAUCGCCAUCCUCGCCAUUAUAACGGGAGAGCUCUACCGCAUCCACUACCUGAAGGAGAAGUCGCGCUCCUUUAUCCAGAACCCCUACGUGGCUGCUCUCUACAAGCAGGUGGGCUGCUUCGUUUUCGGCUGCGCCAUCAGCCAGUCCUUCACAGACAUUGCCAAAGUGUCCGUCGGGCGCUUGCGGCCGCAUUUCCUUGAAGUUUGUGAUUUGGAUUUCUCCACCAUCAACUGCGCUAAGGGAGUUUACGUCCAAAACUACACCUGCAGGGGAAGCGACAGCAAGGUCCAGGAAGCCAGGAAAUCCUUCUUCUCCGGGCACGCGUCCUUCUCCCUCUACACCAUGCUGUAUUUGGUGUUUUAUCUGCAGGCCAGAUUCACGUGGAAGGGAGCCCGCCUGCUCCGUCCCCUCCUCCAGUUCACCCUCAUCAUGAUGGCGUUUUACACCGGCCUGUCCCGUGUGUCGGACCACAAGCAUCACCCCACCGAUGUGCUGGCGGGCUUUGCACAGGGAGCCCUGGUGGCUUACUGCGUGGUGUUUUACGUCUCAGAUCUCUUCAAGCCCAAGACAAAGACUUGCCUGCCUCCACCGCCCAUCCGGAAGGAGAUCCUUUCACCUGUGGACAUCAUUGAGCGGAAUAACCAUCACAACAUGGUGUAGACCUUUGAGAAAUUGGAUGGGUGUUGUAUUUUAUUUUAAAAUUUUUUUUUUUUUUUUUUUUUUUUUUUGCAAAAAAAGACUGCUGACAGCAACUACCUGCUGCUCUCAAAUCUCAUCAGACAGUAGAAUGUAGGGAGAGACUUUCUUGCCCGACCAGUAAAGUCUUACUCUGUGGUCUUUUCAACUUGCGACAUUUGGAUGAAAGGGGUGGUGGUCAACUAAGUCAAAAGCGACAAUGAGAAAGAAAAAAACAAAACACAAAAGCCGAACAAACAAAGAGAGGUGCCGGAGUUCUGGAUGUGCAAUUGGUUUGAGUGUUCAUGUUGUAGUGAACGCCAAAUUGUUCAUAGCCUAAUGAACACUAAGGGAUUUUUGGAAAGCUGGCCAUCUUAGGGUUUUUUACUAUGAAGAUUUCCAAUGCCUGCGAGAAAAAAAACCAACUCACGACUAAAUUGUGUAGCACUAUAUACGAGAAACAGCACUGAGUCAAGAUCUGGGAUUGGUUUGUAAGAGUUGCUUUUUUUCUCUUUUUGAUACUAGUUUAUGUUUUUUCCUCCUCUAUUCCAUACUGUGACUUAGUUUAGAAGAAGCUUGCCCAGUCAAAGGUCUCCGAAGGGUCUCUGUUCACACUACACGCCUUUAACGAGCAGUCCCGAGACGCGCAGCGAGGUUGAAUAACUCCAUCCGCCGCGCAGAGAAGCCACAUUUCUUCCUCUCCGCUCGCUCCCUGGCCGAGGGUUUGUCCUGCCUGAGCCCCCCGGGCACGUUCAGCACCCACAAAUGGCCCUUCAUGAAAAGAGCAUCCUCUGCUUCCCGGCCACCCCCACCCCUCACCUCCCCCCCAAAAUCACAGCACGUUUUCUGUGCGCCCACGGGAGCGGCGGCUCUGCUGAAGACGCGUUCGCACUACAACCUCGGGGCUGAGUCCUGGGGAAACUUUUAUUCUGCAGUUUUGGGACGGGCUGCUGGGCGGCACGUCCCAGCCUGGGUGUCAGUCGGUUUGUGCAUCCCCCCCCC